AAUUAAUAACAUUUUAUUUAAACCUGAGGCAAUUAUGAAGCAUCUGAGAAUUUUAAGCAAAAUUCAUAAUAAUCAGAAGCCUUCUAUGAGGGGCAGAAAAUAUAUCACUCCAAAUGAUUUAUCCGCAGAAGAAAUGAAACAUUUGCUUAUGACUGCACUAGAACUCAAAACCUCAGAAACAAAACCAUUAUACAUCAAAUCUUUGGCUGGAAAAAGUAUUACUUUUCUUCUAGACUCUCCCUGUUUACGACUCCAAUCUUGCAUCUAUAGCACUUCUAAUUUACUUAAUAUGACACUAAAUACUAUCAUUACCUCAGAAUGGGAAACUAUGUUAUAUCCACAAGAUAUCGGAAGGUUACUGUCGAAUAGUAGUGAUAUUAUAUUUUGCAAGGCCCAUAGGCAAAAAAAACUAGAAAGUUUUGCUGAAGGAUCGAUUGUACCUGUCGUAAAUGUUUCUUCAUGUCGGUUUGUGUUGCUUCAUCAUUUGUCCAAUUUGUUAACCCUUCAGCAGCAUUUUGGCAAUUUAGAAGGUUUAAUUAUAGCAUGGAUAGGCCAUCCAUGUCCUCUGUUGAACACUUACCUAACAAUUGUUCCUACAUUGAACAUGCAAAUAAGAUUUCUCUGCCGAUGUGGAGGACCUGUUUCUCCAUCUGAUUUGAACUAUGUUCUAUCUAAAGGAGACGAAUUCACCCAAAAAGUUAAAGAAUGUAAUAAUAUAAAAGAAGCUAUUGAAGGUGCUCAUGUUAUUGCGACUACAGAUCAUUCGGAAACUAACUUAAAACUGACAUUAGCAGAUUUGACAAAGUAUGCACACAAAGACUGGGUGUUUUUUCACACUCUUCCUAGAACAUUUCAUGAAGUUGAAGAUGAAGUAUUUAAUAGUGAUAGAAAUUUACUUUGGGUGUCAAAUAUGAAUAAUAAAUGGAUAUGUGCCGCAAUUAUUUCAAGAUUCUUAGAUUGUGAAGAAAGUAAUGUAAAUUUGAAUAGCUGUGGUGGAUAA